ACUAAAUUGAAUCAAGAAAGGGAAAGAGAAGAAGGAAGUUAGGAGAAAGAAAUGGAAGCUGUAGCAGAAGGACUAUGGGGAUUAGCAGACAACGAAGAAAAACAAGGAUCCAUAGGAACAGCACUCAAAUGUCUGGAAGCAAUUUGCCAAACCCAAGUCUCAUUCUUACCAAUUAUCGAAGUCAAAACCCGUCUCCGCAUUGCCACUCUUCUUCUCAAACACACUCACAAUGUCAACGAAGCUAAGUCCCACCUCGAAAGAUCUCAAUUGCUUCUCAAAUCCAUCCCCUCUUGCUUCGAAUUGAAGUGCCGUACUUUCAGUUUGUUGAGUCAGUGUUAUCAUUUGGUGGGCGCUAUUGCUCCUCAAAAACAGACUCUUCUUAAGGCUAUUGACCUUACUAAUUCUACUUUUCCAGAGGUAUCUGUUGGAUUAUGGUCUUGUAACUUCAAUUCUCAGCUGGCUACUGCUUUGAUUAUUGAAGGGGAUUAUCACUCUGCUGUUGCUGCUUUGGAAACUGGUUUUUCUUGUGGGACUCACAUUAAUUAUCCUGAAUUACAGAUGUUCUUUGCAACUUCAGUUCUACAUGUUCAUCUUAUGCAAUGGCAUGAUAAUAGUUUAGUUCAGUCUGCUCUUCAUAGAUGUGAUCAUCUCUGGGAUUCUUUGGGUCCUGAAAAACGAGAGAAAUGCUUAGGUUUGAUGUUUUACAAUGAGCUCCUUCACAUUUUCUAUCAACUUCGUACUUGUGAUUUCAAGAAUGCUACUCAACACGUCGACAAGUUGGAUGCUGCUAUGAAGGCUGACUUACAGAAAACGCGUGAAAUUCAGCGUCUAAACAAUGAACUUAGCGCCUUAAAUCAAAGUCUCUCUAGGCCUGGCCUAUCCAGCAGAGACAGGUCAUUAUUGUCUAUGAAGCAUAGUCAAAUUCAACAGCAGCUUACAAACAUGACUAUAUCCACAUCAUUUGCUGAGCAGUCGCUGGAACCUGCAUAUUUCGGAAAUGCAAGUCGGGCAUCACAAGAUAAGCUAAUUCUGGCACCACCUCCUAUUGAUGGGGAGUGGUUGCCAAAAAGUGCUGUCUAUGCUCUAGUUGAUCUUAUGCUGGUUAUAUUUGGCCGUCCAAGGGGGGUUUUUAAAGAGUGUGCAAAGCGCAUUCAAUCUGGAAUGCAAACAAUCCAAGCGGAACUAGUAAAGCUUGGAAUAAGAGACGGUGUUAGAGAAGUGGAUUUGCGGCACUCUGCUAUCUGGAUGGCUGGUGUCUAUUUAAUGCUUUUAAUGCAAUUUCUUGAAAACAAAGUGGCUGUGGAGCUCACACGGACUGAAUUUGUUGAAGCACAAGAGGCAUUGGUACAAAUGAAGGAUUGGUUCCUUCGCUUUCCAACAAUUUUACAGGCGUGUGAGAGUAUUAUUGAGAUGCUAAGAGGGCAGUAUGCUCAUUGUGUUGGGUGUUAUAAUGAAGCAGCUUUUCAUUAUAUUGAAGCAGCUAAACUAACAGAGAGCAAAUCAAUGCAAGCUAUGUGCCAAAUUUAUGCAGCUGUGUCUUACUUUUGCAUAGGUGACGCUGAAUCGUCGUCACAGGCACUUGAUUUGAUCAGACCAAUUUAUAGAAUGAAGGAUUCAUUUGUUGGAGUUCGAGAGCAAGCAGGUGUCCUUUUUGCUUAUGGCCUUUUGUUGAUGAGGCAAGAUGAAUAUGAAGAAGCACGUGCUCGGCUUGCUAAAGGCUUGCAGAUUGCCCAUAAUAGCAUGGGAAACCUUCAACUUAUUGCUCAGUUCUUGACCAUCCUUGGACAUCUGGCUCUUGCCUUGCAUGAUACUGUACAAGCCAGAGAGAUUUUGAGAUCCUCCCUCACGCUAGCAAAGAAGCUUUCUGACAUCCCAACCCAGAUUUGGGUGCUAUCUGUUCUGACAGAUUUAUAUAAAGGAUUAGGUGAGGUUGGAAACGAAAUGGAGAAUGAGGAAUUUCGAAAGAAAAAGUCCGAUGAACUGCAAAAGAAACUUUCUGAUGCUCAUUCAUCCAUUCAUCACAUUGAAUUGAUUGACAUGGCAAGACUUGAAGUUAAGCAAUUUCAUGAGUUUGAUGUCAAGCGUGCCAUGGCAAAUGAGUCCAUGAAAGUCGAUUUAGACAUUCCAGAAUCUGUUGGUAUAUCUACUCCAUUACCAACUUCUUCAUCUAGACUACUUGAUUUGGAUACUCGAAGACGUGGGAAGAGAAGAAUUUAGGAUCUAACUUUCUAGGCUUCUGUUUAUAUAUAUAUAUAUUUUGGCUGAUAAAGCGGAAUGUAGGGCACUUUAGGCUUGUUCAAGACCAAUGCCAGCACUGUAGCCGAUCUAGACAUUUCUGGCUAGAGACGGUUUCCUUGCACUAUUUCUCCACACUGAAUGUGUUCGGCCUCACCCUCUGCUGUUAUUGUCAAAUGCAAAUCAUGAGGACGUAUGGCAAGAGGUUGAUGCUGAUGUGUGUACAACUUUGGACCGGAUGAUCGAGUUUGAAGUCAUUUUGUUGUGAAAAGUGGCCAUUGUAAACUAUAUUGAAUUGCUAAUGCUACAGCUGCUUAGACAGAAUAGAUGUUCCAUGUAAUGUAAUCAGUAAAAUUAAUUAAUCUUUACAGAAUGUAGUAGUUGUACAUUAACAA